AUGGUUGAUACCAGACGUACGAAGAGUAACGCCACCACAACGGGCCCAUCUCAUGGUUUCGUGGUGGAAACCUCAAUGCAACCUCACGGAAUCGUGGCUGUCGACGCCUUGCGGCCGUCUUCUAGUGCUUUGCAGCCGCCUUCAGCUGCUGCAAUUGCAGAACAACUGCCACAUGACCUCGGGACCUCCACAGCCUUGCAAUCGCCAGCAAUGAUUAUCGGAGCUGCUCUGCCUCGCUGUCCUACCAUCGGACCACAGCAGCAGCCACACCACUCAAUUACCAGACUUGCUGCACAGCCCUAUGGCUACUCCGACGUUGUCCCAGUCUUGGAGCAGAUCCAUUCUCUCCCUCCUCUGCGAUCACAUUUGACAUAUGCACCCAUGUACGUGUCUAAUGGAGCCCUAGCCCAUAUUCCGUUAGGCCCGAUGCACAACACUCCACUUGACCCGCGCAGCCUCAACCUUGGACCCCGUAACGAGGAAAGAAGGGCACACGAGCAUGCUGGCGAGCAGUUCGAGAGGUCCCAGGCUGGUCAGACAAGGGCAAACCGGCACGGGAGAGAGCGAGAUCGUGCAGACGAGACGCAGACAGCUGCGAGCCAUACCCUGAGCCGUUCGAGGUUAGGUCCCAUGACCAAUGUGCUCGAGAGGCUAGGCCCACAGUCCAAUGUUCGUGCCCGCUUAGGUCCACAAGGAGCUCGAGUUCUUGAGCGGUCGCGCGACGAGCACAACAAUCAACGCCCACCAGCCCGCUCGAGGUCCAACACGCGGCGACAAGCUGUAGAGGGAUCCUCCCAAACUCAACCUUCUCUCCUACCCCACGGGCAGGGUAACCAAGGGGAUCGACCCUUGGGAGCUGGAGAAGAAGUUAGCCAAUCACACUCAAGGCACUGA